AUUCUCUACCCCUAGGACCAGCCCCCCCAAUUCCCAGCGCCGCAACCUCCCCUCCGAUCCAUUCUUGGCGCCGCCCACCCCUCCCUAGCGCCGCCCACCCCCUCUCCCUCACCGCACUCUUCCGUCUCCCUGGCGCCAGGCAUCCCCUUCCUUGCGACGCCCUCCCUCCUGCCUGUUUGCUGCUCCAUCCUCUCCUUCCCUGGUCUGCCCCAUCGAUCUAGAUCUGGUCUGCCUCCCUGCUGGUCCGCCCCAUCGAUCCCCUCUCUGGUCCGCCCCAUCUACUCUCUCCCUCCCUGGUCCGCCCACCCCCUCCCUCACGCCGCCCACCCCUUCCCUCGCGACGCCGCCCGCUUGCUGCGGCCCCAUCCCCCUCCCUCCCUCGCUGGUUCGUCUCGAAGCGCGUCGCCUCAUGGCUCCCCCUCGCUGGUGGUGGAGGCUGUGACGCCGUUGCCGUGGCUAUUCGUGACGCUGCCGCAGGAGCCGGAGUUGCCAUUAUUGUAGCUGUUGGAGGCCUUGACGCCCCUGUUCGUGACGCUACCGCCGGAGCCGGACGAUUCCUCGCUGCAACAUCCUUUGGAGAAGCUACCUCACCAGCACCCAUCUAUUGUACCUGCCUCCAAUCCAUCUGAGAACAAAAUAAUGGAAGACCGUGAGUGGAUGUAUACUGGUUGGUGUCGUACACAAGCCCCCUCUAAUGAUUGGAUUCAUAACACCAAUCAAUUCUUAGAUCAUGCCUUUUCUAUGCCUAAUCUUGUUGAAGGUGACACAAUUAAGUGUCAUUGUGCCACAUGCCGGAAUUGUGUUAGGCAUUAAAGGUUUACAAUAGAGAUGCAUUUGUGUAGAUUUGGGUUCAAGGAUGAUUACAGAAUAUGGACAGCACAUGGUGAGAUAAUUGGUGAUAGUCAGGUUGAAGGUGGACAUGAUGAGAGAUUUUAUGAAACUGACCGCAUGAAUGAAAUGUUGGUUGAACUAGGCGGUGACCAUUUACCCCCAGCUGAUGAGGAACCAACAGGUUAUGCGCAAGCUUUUUAUAGGAUGGUUGCUAGUGCUGAUCAGUUAGUCCAUGAGGACACAAAACACUCAUCUCUUUCAGCUGUAGCACGUCUGAUAGCUCUAAAAUCACAAUACAACAUGUCAAUUGCACACUUUGAAGCGAACUUGCAGCUGAUCCAUGAACUUUUGCCUGCUGAUUCUAAGUUGCCUAAGGACUUUUACCAAUCAAAGAAAUUAUUAGAGGGCCUUAGUAUGCAGUAUAUCAAAAUUGAUGUUUGUUAUAACAACUGCAUGCUUUAUUACAAAGAGAAUGAAAGCAAAGAGAAGUGUGAUGUUUGUGGUACCUCACGUUAUGAGGAAGGCCGUAACAAAAUCCCACGUAAGGUGUUGCGGUAUCUUCCCAUUGUUGAUAGACUACAAAAGUUAUAUGCACAUGCAACCACAGCAAAGCUAAUGCAGUCUCACAGACCUAGCACUUCUGGCAUGAUGGUUCACCCGUGUGAUGGAGAAGCAUGGCAGCAAUUUGAUAAAGAUUUUCCAGAUUUUGCUAUAGACCCUAGAAAUGUGCGUCUUGCUUUUGCAACAGAUGGCUUUACACCCUUUAGUUUGAAUGCAGCUCCUUACUCAUGUUGGCCCGUGUUUGUUACUCCAUUGAAUUUUCCACCAUGCUCAAUCAUGAAAUCAGAGUACAUAUUUUCCACCGUUAGCUACUUGUAUGACAGUGCUGGUAGUCAGUGGUGGAGCUAGGGCCAUAAUGGGCACCCCCCCUUCUUCCCUGGAGGAUUUUUUGGACCAGAUCACUAUCUCUUGCAUGCCUACUGAUUGCUGCAUGCAUGAAGCAUGUAUACAACUCACUAUGAUAUAUUGAUAUGUUCCAAUCGCCCCCCCUCUCCUUCCACAUCACGCUCCGCCACUGCUGCUAGCGACAUAUAUGACAGCACUGAUAAUGCCAAGAUAUAAUAAUACAUAAGCUGGAUGGAAGACGUCAUAUAUUUAAGGGCCAAAUUUCUCUUCUUCAUUCACGUAGUUAAUGGAUGAGGAACCAUAUUGCUGUGAAAAAAAUAGCGCAUUAUAAAAUUAGAAAGGAACCAUAGUUACUUCAACCCAAGCAAACAGGCAAGGCCACAUUCAACAAAAAGCAUCACUCACCAUGCAGAGAAAUAAAGCAGCAGAUCAGACAAAGGAAUUAAGCUGUUUAAUCCAGUAACAUAAUGAGUCAGAUUUUUCUGCAACUAUUAAGCAAGAAUGACAUGAGAAAAUCUAGCAUAGCAUCCUGACAGCAUGAAUUUGUCUCAGCAAAAUUUUCUCUCACAAAGAAAAAACUCGAAUGCAAAAUCAGACACCACUUUCACAUGAAGGCACUAGGAGGGGUAGGAAGAUCACACACCUUACAGAUCCGCAAUCCGAUUGAUGCAGGUCGUCUUCUCCCCCGGGCCCCCUCGCGGAGCUUGCCCUUUCGCUGAGAAUUCUGUUGAAAUCAAGAACAUGACAUGUUAGGGUUUAGGGAAAACGUUGGGUGGGGCGGGAUGCAGGAGGGAGAGCGAGAGCGAGAGGGGGAGAAGAUAGAUGGUCCUCACCAGUGGGAUGCGGCGCAGCAGGAGUCGCCGGCGUGGAUUUUGCGGCGGCGGCGCGAAGAAGAGAGGAAACCUGCGUGCCUGCGAGGGAGAGAGGGCGGAGUCGAGAUUUCAUCUAUUUUUUUCUUUAUUUCUGUUAUUUUCUUUUUAUUUUAAUUUUACAGCUCCACUGAAAGGACGACUUUGCCCCUCAGCUUAUCCGUGAUCUAGCAACCUUUCAGAGCGGGCCUAAGAGCAUGUUCAAUAAUAGUCUACUUGUCUCUUAGGUUUAUAAGAGACACCUAUAAAAUUACUCAUACAAUAGAUUGUCUCUUUGUCUCUUCCAAUAAAUCCAUAAUCAUUUUCUGUUUCUUUCACUCUCCACUUCAUUUAUUCUUACUGUCUAGAAGCGUCUUACUGUCUAGGACCGUGUGAAGAGACAUCUCUUACAUAAGAGUCUUUUCUCCAACUUUUUGCUUUUCUCUCUCUACCACAUAAGCAAACAGAGGGCUAUAAGCCCCUUGUACUUGCUCUAAUAACCAUUGAAAAUUGGAACGGAGAAACAUAAAUUGUGAUUGGCUGUACAAACGGUUGCCAAGGAUUAUAGAAUACCUAGUUUUGAUUAAAUGCAUGUGCAUGCCCUUAGCCUAGCUUUAGCAAUGCAAAAAGGGUAUGCAAAACUGCACAAGGUACCAAGGACAUGCACAUACUUAGCUAUCUAAGUCUCACAAGUCACAACCAAACACGGGCAUCGGCAGGAACAGGAACUACUCAACACUGUGCGGGAAGUCCUCCAUGAGCCACACUAACGGCCGCAACAUCUCCACUUGGCACCCCCUCGUUCGUGUCCUGAGUGUUGGCUGAAGAUGCCAUACUCGCCGCGCUUCUACAGACGCGCAUGCCGGCAUCCACUUUGGCACAUUCAUGUUGUUCCUCCACCUCUAUUAGGUGGCAAGUGCGAGGGAAGUCUGUGUUGGGGAAAUGGCCCAGCCCAUGUUGUAAAUGGGCCAAAUGUAGCGGCCCGAGGAUCUAUUUGUAAAUAUUGUACCCACUAGGGGGCCGGGGCUAAAUUGCCGCCCCCCUCCCCUCCUAUAUAUAGCUGGCCCAAGGGGUCAAAGGGGGACUCACUCUCUCCCUCAUGAGUACUUCACUCUUUGAGCUCUGGUUUGGUGCGCCUUCGGUGCCUUCUCCCUCUCUGCUGCUUUGCGGAGUCUUCUCCCCAACAGUUUGGCGCCCACCCAUCGGUUCGUUCCACCAUACCAUCCAUCAGCCUUUGCCUCCCACGGUUUCGGCUCACGAAGAGCUGCCACGGCUUCGGCUCUUGCGUGGCUUCGGCUCCCACGGCUUCGGCUCACGAAGACCAGCCACGACUUCGGCUCUUGCGUGGCUUCGGCUCCCACGGCUUCGGUUCACGAAGACCAGCCACGGCUUCGGCUCUUGCCUGGCUUCGGCUUCGGCUUCGCCCGGCAGAACCUUCGUCUCCCACGGCUUCGGCUUUGGCUUCGCCCGGCAGCUCCACUUCGCCUCCCACGGCUUCGGCUUCACCUUCAACCCGCGCGGCUUUGGCUUCACCGGCUCCAGCUUCGGUUGUGGCUCUUCGGCACGCCAGGCUUCGCCGCGGCUCGCCAGGCUUCGCCGGCUCCAGCUCUGGCUGGCUUGGCUUCGCGGCUCCACCUUCGCCCGACGGCUCCGGCUUCGACCCAAUGGCUUCGCCCGGCUCCAACUUUGGCUUCGCGUGGCUAUGGCUUCGCCCGGCUGCAGCUCGGCUUCGACCGGCUCCAACGUCGGCUUCGACUGGCUCCAACGUUGGCUUCGCGUGGCUACGGCUUCGUCCGGCUCCAGCUCUUCGGUUCCUAAGGCCACGGCUUCGCGUGGCAAAGGCUUCGCCCGGCUCUAGCUCUUCGGCUCACAAGGCCACGGCUUCGCAUGGCUAAGGCUUCGCUUCGCGACGACUUCAGCUCUGGCACUAUAGCUUCGGCUCGGCUCCGUCUGACCGGCUCCGACCGGCUUCGGUCCUUCGGCUCCACCAUCGGCUCCGAAGGCAGCGAAAAUAGCAGUAUUCAUAGAUCACGAAAGUGGCUCCGAAGCCCCCAAUUUUUUGAUACGAAGGUGCUAGAAUGAUACGUACUUUUGUCACUUGCAGGUAAUGUUUGCAAAAAAUAGUUUGUUGGAUGCUUAUUGGAAGAUCCUAAUUCAGCGGUUAAGUACGGGUCGUUCACAUGUUGCACAAAAGAACAGUGAUACUAUACAAUCAAAAUCUUGAUAUAAGAUAUAAAGAAUUAGUAUCACAUAGACACAUAUAACUUAGCCACCACCUGAAGCCUUGUAGGCAAACAAUAUUGUGUGGAAGCAAGCUGAUAGCCGGCAAUGGACUCGCACAACGCUGUGCUGGUGGGUGGCAUUACCCUUGAUUUGCGCUCACCAUGCUUGAUUCGCUGGGUAGCAUCACCAGCAGUCAGGCAGUCAGGGAGCUUCGAUGAACAGCUUAGAAGGAGAGAAGGGGCUGGGAGGGUGUGAGGGCGCACCAGUAGCAAAUGACAGAGAGUGAAGUUGCUUGACCUUGAAGAAGGUGGUGGUUUGGGCUCCACGUUGCAGUGGUGCUCUUGAAGCGAUGGAGGCUAGGUGCGUGGAUGCUCACAGUGAUGGCAUAUUUGGUGGGCAGGCGGCACUUGCGGCGAGUCCAGCAGUGGAAAACAGUGGCAGCGCUUCUCCCUUAGCGUGCUCUUAUCGUGAUUGCAGUGCGUGGCAAAGGUGAGGAGCAGCGGCGAUAGGAGCAUGCACAGAGAGUCGGACUUGCAAGUUUAGAGGGGCAUGGGCGCCAAGGAGACAUUAUCGCCGGCGCUGUGCAAGACCAAGUCCCAGUUGAAGAUGAUGCAAUGUUUUACAGUCAUCUAGUUGAACCUAGUCGCCAUAGCAUCGAUAAGGUGAUUAGUCGAAAUUAAUCGUUGAUCAGGCCGAUUAGUAGAGCCUAGUUGAGCCUAAUCGUCUGCAUAGUCGUUUUGUCAUACCAUGACCGAUAUGAUGUAUAAGGAGAGCACAACAAGCAGUGCAGAGUAAGUAGAGCAAGCAAAGCAGAGAGCAUGCAGUGCACAUUCAGCUGCUCUCAGCAGGAGCUAACUAGAAGAGGAGAAGAGCAGACCUAGAAGACGAAGGCAAGAGCAGGAAAACACUUACCAUCAGAGGAGGAGCUCAUCUUGGGACUUGGGCACCGAGCUCUUGGGCGCAGGAAUCCCUUGGGGAACCUCCAAAAUGGAGAGGCUAGGAGCUCCUAAGUGGCUUCCUUGGCAGCUGCUUGCUCCUACAUUGGUGCGCCUGCGCAUAAGGCUUCGAGCGGGCGGCGGCACAAUUUUAGGCAGGUGGGCAUUGGCGCAUUUGCGGCUCCCUGUGUUUUCUCCCAAGCGAUUUGGGUGACGGCGGCUCAGAAGCACUGCACCCAUGAAUACAUACCUGAAACCUAAUGGGGCUAAUGCCAGCCCAGUUUCCCAGUAGCCUUGUUUCUGAUUGUUUUCUUGUCUAGUCGGACAACUAGUCACAUUUAGUCAACAACUAAGCGGACGCCUAGAAUUCUAGUCGCCCAAACCUAGUCGCAGCUGGUUAUCGAUGACGAGGGAACUAGCCUGGCUAAUUGUGUUUAGUCGGACUUAUAUAUAACAUUGAGGCGACACGAUACGGACGAAGGAGCUGUGCAUGCCCGAGUCCUAGCUAGUUGAAGACCACAUGGGCCAAGGAGGAGCUGCGCAUGGUUGAGUCCCGAUCGAAGACGACGCGGGCAACUACAUGGGACUAGAGAGAGGUUGUAAGCUGAGUGGACCAUUGAUGGACCAAAAGUCAACAUACCGCAGAAACGGUCCGCGUUUUAGAAAUAGGUAAAGAUUACUCUUGUUUUAGAACACAUCCGGGGUUGCUAAAUCUAUCAUCUAGAUACUGUCAUAUUACCUUGCCUCUGUUACAUAUCCAAAUCCUUCUUGCACGUAUGUUUGUAAUUUUUAUAUCUUCAUUAGAUGAGACUCAAAGGAAGAAAUGAUGAGUAUGCAUCAAAUUUCGCUAAGAAUUUCAGGAGCCAAUGUACUAGAUCAACCUUGUGCUAGAUUGUUCAUAUAAACUUCUGAAUUUGCCAAUCAUUUGAAGUUGAAGCUCAAGACAUGUUAUUGUGUCAUCUUUCUGAUUUUUUUUUAUCAUUUUGAAGCUCAAAACAUAUUCAGUACAGAACUUGUCAUAACUUUUGAAAUUUAUUUCACUUUGCCUUGGAACUUCUUAUAUUCUGUAUAGUUUUUAAUUGAAAUGUUCCUUGAGGGCUGUUAAUUGGCCUGCUCAGCCUCUUCUCUCUU